CAGAGGCUUAGUUACAACACAACAGUGGCAGUUGUGUUGUAGACUCGCUUUGGAGUGGUUGUAAUUUGACUUUAUCGACACACAGAGGGAGGCAAACAGAGAAAAGGAUGGCGGAGUUUACAAGUUCCAGAUCUGAGCAACCCAAAUCGAAAAUCUCAUUUGAGGUUACCAUGGAUAAUGAUGAAUUCGAAGUCAAAUACAAAGACAACCCCACGUGGGCUCACAUCUCAAGAUGGAACUGUGAGGUUGUUCCUGCGACAUUUGACCUCCUAAUUCACAGAGAACUGUACACAAUUGGGGGGUUACCGAAAACAUUUGCUGACUGCCUAAAAGUUACUCUUACAAGUGUACGGAACAGGAAGCAGUGUUUAAUAUUUGCAUUCGGACAUGACACUCUUGUCGAUGCUGUUGAUAUGGUCAAUAAGUUCGUGGAAGUUAAGCAAACAAUUUUGAAGUUCAUUCGUCAGAUUAAUGCAAAAGUGAAAGACAUUAGUUUGAAGUGCUGGGUAGGAGAGCAGAAUGGAUCAUCAGAGGAGGAAGUCAAGAAUGCAGGUACUUUAUCUGGUGAAACAAGAAACAAGAGCGAGUCGGUAUUGUUUUUGGCACCUGGUAAAAGUGAUGGAUAUAAAUCAGAAACAGACUGGUUUUGCAAACUUGGCAAGGAUGAAUUUGAAAUGGACCUGACAUCAUCAAACGCAACGUUUACCAGAUUAAAGCAUAUGCUUGAAGAUACAUAUCGUUGUAUAUUGAAACGCGUGCGGCGAGGAAGCUUCAUAUUUGAAUGUAAGCAUGAGUCCCGGGAGAAUGCUGUCAAGAUGAUGAAGGAUCAUGCGAAGGUCAAGGACACGAUCUUUGUAUGUCUUCACGACAUGGAUCCUCGUGUCAAUGCCAUCAGGGUAGAUGUCGAAUACAGAGAAGAUCACGUGGAAAUUGAUCGUCCGCAGUUGGUUGAACCUGGUCCCCAAGCCAAGGGAUACGUGAAUAAAGAGGAAGAAGACAAAAUUGGAGCCGAGCUAAAGCAACAGAUGGCAUUUUUGACCAAACAGCAGACGGAAACAUUGGAAAAACUGAACGAGCUCCAACAAGCACAAAUGGCAGACUCACGGGUGUCGAUGUGGAUGAAGUCUGAUGCUCCUCAACAGUCGGAAAGCAGUGGAUUCUUUACAGCAACAGAAACAAUGACAGUUGUAAGUGAGGACCAGUUUCAGGCUACCGAAGAUCUGUCAGAAGAUGAAGGAGGAUAUGAAGACGAAAACGGCGUCAGUAAACCGCGGCAAAAGUCUGAAUCAGUUAUUCGUCCGACAAGACAACUGGCAGACCUGAAGCAAGAACUGAAGGCAACCACUGACAGGAUGCGCCUACUUGAAACCAAGAAAGCGACACCGACACGCGACCUCCAUGAUGCCAGCAAGGAGGGGGACAUGGCGGACGUGAAGCGGAUCCUGGCAGAAGGUCGGGCUGACGUCAACGGUAGAGACGGGAUAGGGAUGACACCGGUGAUGUGGGCAGCACACAGGGGACACAGAGACGUGGUGGAGUUCCUGGUGAGUGGAGGUGCUGAUGUGUCACUGGUGGACGAGGGCGGUGACAACACCCUUCACUUCGCCUGUAUGACAGGACAUGUGGAGACGGUGAAGUUUGUGCUGUCUCUGAACGUGGCGGACAUCAACUGUAGAGACAGGGUCGGGAUGACACCGAAGAUGUGGGCAGAAAAGUGGGGACACAGAGACGUGGUGGAGUUCCUGUGACACUGACUCCCGCACGUAGAGACCCCGAGGCAGACCGCUACCUCCGUGACGCCAGCAUGGAGGGAAACAUGGCGGCCGUGAAGCGGAUCCUGGCAGAAGGUCGGGCUGACGUCAACUGUAGAGUGAAGGGGCUGAUGUGUCACUGGUGGACGGGGUCGGUGACAACACCCUUCACUUCGCCUGUAAUGGAGGAGAUGUGGAGACGGUGGAGUUUGUGCUGUCUCUGAACGUGGUGGACAUCAACAGUAGAUAGAUAGAUAGAUAGAUCAUCUUUAUUUCCUCCAGUUGAUGAAGAUACAUUGAUAUGAGAUAUAAAUAUAUAUAUAUAACAGCUGAUAUAUUGUAUGUACAGACAGUUUCACAUCGUUAUCAAAUAAUGUUUCUUAGUAGGUUUUUCCACAUUUUAACAGUUUUACAUACACGAAGCAUGAUAUUUGCCCAUAGAUUGUAUUCAAUUGCCAUAGUACUUUCUGUUGGCAAACCGCCAAGUAAAAAGGACAGAAAGGUUUCGUCAUCAUCGUUCCAGAUACUAGAAAAAGUUGUCACAUCUAGCAAAUCAAUAAUAGACUCAACAAGAAUAUUUCUUUGUUGUUGAGUCUUUUUACAAUACAUAAACACAUGUUUGAUAAUAUCAAAAGCAAAUGUGCCGCAUAAACAUUCAUCAGAUUGUAUACUGUAGGUGCUAAGGCAUAAUAAAUAUGCUAAAUCAUA